AUGGUGAAGUUUCUAAAAUCUAAUAUAUUUUGCAGGUUUGGAAUCCCUAAAGCUUUGGUUAGUGACCGUGGCACUCACUUUGCAAACAAACUCAUGGAAACAUUGCUGUCCAAGUAUGGAGUCACGCAUAAGAUGGCAACACCUUAUCAUCCACAAACAAAUGGUGCAGCUGAGGUAUCCAAUAGGGAAAUUCAAGGUAUUUUACAGAAAAUUGUUAAACCAAAUAGGAAAGAUUGGAGUCUUAGAUUAGAUGAAGCUUUGUGGGCUUAUAGGACAGCUUAUAAAACUCCCAUUGUAAAAACUUGUAAUAUGAAUCUAGAAGUUAUAGCUGAAGAGAGAAAACUACAAAUUCAGAAACUAGAAGAGUUGCAUUUAGAAGCUUAUGAGAAUUCCCGUUUGUAUAAAGAAAGAACUAAAGUUUUACAUGACAAGGGGAUUUUGAGAAAGGUUUUUCAGGAAGGGGACAAGGUACUUCUCUACAAGGCAAGAUUUACUUUCAAACAAGGGAAACUCCAUACAAGAUGGGAUGGACCAUUUGUGGUACUCAAAGUUCAUAAUUUUGGAAUGGUAGAAAUCUUGGAUGAGCAAACUGGACAUAUUCACAAGGUCAAUGGACACUUGCUAAAGCACUAUCAUGCCAAUGACAAGCCACCAUAA